UACAGUUGUUGCGGCAAUUUUAAGUUUCUUUUAAUAUACGGUUUUACAAGUUGUAUUUUACGAUGAACUCCAGCAUCUCAUUGGCCGCUAUUCUGCUUUUUAUUUUAUUUCUUGGAUUUAUUCGUCAAGAAUUCGUUUCUGGAAGUCCACAUCACUUGCGUAAAUCAAUUUCUCCUGAUUUGGAUUAUAAUUUCGAAAAUAAACAUCACCUUCAUCGAGAUUUCGAUGGUGUUAUAAAUACUGCUGAGAUAAAUAAUCUUGCUGAAGAGCAACUCCGAUUUCUUUACUUCAAGAAUCAUGAUUACGACAAUAACAACAAACUUGAUGGUUGUGAGCUGAUUAAAGGUCUUCUUCAUCCACAUGAAGAUGACGACGAUGAAGAAAAUGUCAUAAAUGACGAACCUAUCUACGAUAACAUUCAGCUUGCUGAAAUUAUUGACAAUAUUUUGGAAAUGGUUGAUAAAAAUAAUGAUGGUUUUAUUGAUUAUCAAGAAUUUGUAGCUUCUCAGUAAGCCUUCCAACAAUGAGGUAAAAUGACGGAAUCCACUUGUGUGAGAAAAUAGUUUAUGUGUUCAUACAAUCGUUUUCAGCACCUAUGUUUCUAUAUGUUAUAUUUUGCGACUGUUAAUUGUUUUUAAUUGACCUGAGCCUAUUGGCUAUACUAAUUUGUUUUAAACCUGUUUACGAGCGCAUGAAAAUCGACGCAUGGAUAAAGAAAGCUAGUCUUUGAAGUAGAAUUAUAAUGCUUAAAAUUACUAUUAAUUUAUUCUUAAAAUUACUUGCGAUUUUAGCUUGCGCAAAGUAACUAGCUUCUAUUUGCGCGUUUAAAUGCUGUACGUGUUUUUAAUAUUCUGUCUGCCUUCUGUCUGUGUGUUCUAUUUAUGAGCCUAAGACUUUUUAUGUAUUUUUAAACUUUUAAAAAUUUGGUCAUGAUUUAAACGCUGAACUGAAACCAUGUAGUAUAUUUAUCAAAGCGUUUAUAAUUUCCGACUUGCAUGAAGAAAUUCUGUUUAUGUGUUUAAAAGUGAAGUUCAUUAAGGUGAAUUUUUAAAAAUUUAAAAUUUCGGAUGAAUGAUUUAGCUGUUUGUGAGCUAAAUGUAUUGUAAACCACCUGCUAUUAUGUAAAUAAAGUAAGUGUUUUUAAGGUAA